ACAGUCUCGACUCGUCGCACGACCGCGGUGGACACCAGCCGUUGCGCACUGCCUCCCGUCCCCUGAUUCUCCUCGCGACUGCUCCGCUCUCCGGCCGAUCUCGCCGCCCUGACUCGCCGCCUAGCUCCGUGCCUCGCCGGCGACUCUGCCCGCCGAGCCCCUGCCCGGUGCCACCGCGCCCAGCCGGCAGCCCGCAGCCGCCCAGUCCGCACUCGGCAGUCAGCGUCCGGCAGCCGGCGUUGUGCUGCUGCAGCAGGCCAGCAGCCAGCCGCCCAGCCCGAUUUAAGAAAACAACAAGACCAGGAGAGACCGCGAAUGGAAUCGAAAGAAGCAGCAGCAGCAGCGCAAGCGGAAGAGGAUCUCCUCCGCGACUUUGAGCGAAUCCUCCAUGACGACCCCCUCAUAGACGAGGUCGGGUUCCUGCAUCCCACACAGUUCCACUCGCUACUCGUAGACAGCACCGACAAAUCCACAUCCCAAUACUUCUGGUGCGUAGACCACAAGCUUGCCGUCUCCUCCAGCAUCCUGCCCGACCUCUACCGUGCCGCUCGCCGCGCACACUCCAACGCGACACUCAAUCCCUCGUCAUCACCAUCUGCAUCCGAUGCUGCCUUGAUCAUGACACACAGCAAGGCGCUGCUCAUACUCUGCGCUGACUUGCUCACCGCAUGGAACUCCAGGAAGAUGGUGCUGUCCACCAAUUUUAAUCUCUCGCACCUCAAGGAUGAGCUGCGAUUGUGUGCCUUGAUCCUCUCCUACUCGCCAAAGAAUGAGAGUACCUGGAGCCACAGGAGAUGGGUGAUAAAAAAUCUUGCACAACACCUUCAGGACAUGCCGGAGCUUAUAGACAAGGAAUCUCUACUCGUAAAAGACAUGGCAGAGAAAUCAAAGAUGAACUACCGCGCGUGGAGGCAUCGAUGCUGGCUUAUUCCUUACAUGAAAACAAAACAGGUGCUAGAUGAGUUGAACAAGUCAAAAAAAUGGGCUGAGUUGCAUGUUGCUGACAACUGCAGCUUUCACUACCGCAGGUCCCUGCUGCUUGCAUUACUAGAUGGUGCAGCGAACAGAGAAGAUUCCCUUAUUUGCCAGUCAGAAGCUUAUCUAAUGUGGAAGGAGGAACUGAGGUGGAAUGAGACGCUCAUCAGACGAUACCAAGGGAGAGAGUCGUUGUGGAACCAUCGCCGGUUCCUCUCACAGUGGUGGGUACAACACUUGCUCAGCUGCGAGGAAACCAGCCUGUCAAAUGAGUCCCUGGCAGACCUCUUCCUAUCCCAAGAGAUACACCUCCUGUCAGACUGCCUGGGUGCUCCUGGCGAUGAGUUUGGCGAAACACGCGUUCAGGUGGAGCUUGCAGCGCUCUACAUUCUUUGGAUAUCAGAGCAAGACGCGGCAGUGAAAGGGAAGGUGGAAGAGAGGUUGAAGUCGGUGGGAAGCCUGAAGGAGGUGUUGGCAAGGGCCUGCCCGGAGAAGAGCAGACUGUGGACUCAUUUGCUUCACUGCUGAGUGCUGACCUGCAGAUGCUGCUGUGUUGUGCGUUCCUUUCUUUUUUUACAGUUGCUGUAUCAUUUGGUAGUGUUAGAUCAUUGAGCUUUGCGGCUCUGGAAACUCGUGCCUAUACAUUACAGAUAAACUAGCAAUAAUUAGUUAGAACAGAAACAUAAUUUCAUUUUCAUGGUGGGGCUACUUAAUUUGUUUGUUCCUGUGGUA